CUACAUCAUGUGGCCGGCACAAGUUCUGCAGGGAACGAACCGCUCUGUUCAGUGGCAUGACGGUGUUCCACCAUAUGAGCUCGAUGUCGACAGCCUUUACCCAACGAAAAGGCUGUACACCUACGUUGGUGACGACUGGGCUGUGUAUUGGGUCAUAGAUGUGCUGCCAGGGACGGUCAUCCGGUACAGCGUCACGGAUUCUGCUGGAGAACAGUCCAACAGCUCGGAGCUAACUGUUCAGCCCAACCCCAUCUUAACUACAGCCUCUUUGAUGUCAAUAAGUUCAUUGGCUUCUGUGUCUUCAGUCAGCGUAAUUUCCACCAGUUCCACUGGUACUCCAGUCUCCACCCACUCAAACCCAUCAUCCACACUGUCUAAAACUUCCAACUCUCCAUCUCCAACACAAAAAUCUUCGGGAGGGAGCAGUAACACUAGAGUAAUAGUCGUAGGCGCUGUUGGGGGUGCGGUUGCCGUGUUGCUCAUCGGCCUUGGGGCUUUCUUCUUGUUAAAGCGACGAAAAGGUUAUUCCAGAGGGAGGGACGACGCGUUUGAAGAGCCCUAUACGAUUUAUCCCAUUGGUUACGCUCAAGUUGCCACCCAAAACGUUCCUUCACCCAGCAAGAAUACACCACUGGACGCUAUUCCGCCCCGGUUCCCGAGUGAUAUUGUGGGUCCUACGGAAGUUUCUGUCUUUCAGACGACAACAGGCAGUAUGAUGACUGCACCCACCAACGAGGAUGAGGAGUAUUACAAACGUGUUGUGAAGGGUGGGAGAAGUGGAUACAUUGGGCUCGGCGAUGCGAGGGAAUAUUCUUCGACACCUCCAGGAUCUGGCUGAAGCAUACAGUUUGCCAGCUCUUGCACUUGCUACCUCGGAUCUUCUCACCUUCCCUUCAGACAUUCUCUAUCUCAGCAUUCUCAGAAUCUGGACUUCUGCUGCGCUGUGUUUUAGUAUUUAUUGCAUAAACUGUAUUCCCCGCUUGUGAUUUUGCGGUUACUGGCGUUGACCUGGCCAGGCGGAGGGACCGCCCCGUGCACCCUUGCAAUGUUCGCACCAAUGUGGUUGAUCGAUCACGAUUUGUGGGUGAUAUGAUAGGGCAUACACACUCUUGGGGCUAUGCCUGGUGUUCGCUGCUCUCACUAUCAUGUGGCCAAAUGAAGUCCUGAGGGAACCAACCGCUCUGUUUAGUGGCCUGGUGGCAUUGUAACGUAGAUUUCCGCUAAUGCAUUGCCCGUUGUUUGGCUAAGGCGC